AUGGCCACCAGACAGGAGGCGUCCAUACGGUGUCUGUUGAGUGGGUUGGGUCGGGCCACCCAGCGGGGGGUCCGCCGGUGCCCCAAAUGUCGCACAUAUAACGGCACCAGAGGUACCAAAUGCAAGAACAAGGCGUGCGAUCACGUCUUCGCCUCCCGGAGCCCUUCCUCCGCGCCAUCGCCGGUGUCGUCGAAGAGUGACCGCAGAGACGAUACGGUGUCGUUGCCUUCGACAGCCGCCACCACCACCGCCGAGUCGAUCCGGUGUAUCACCGCAAACAACUCGUCCAACAUCUACUCGUGUCGCGUGCGGGACAGGGGUCCCGACUACCGGGGCUUCGUGGAGGUGCCCAUCAUUCGGGGUCUGGACGGCACGAGCGACCCCUCACUCAACGCCCAGUUCAUUGCCGAGACGACCGCCCGGUGCUUCGUCGAGGUCUGCGGCACCCAUAAGACGGUGCUCCCCAUCAACACCACCACCGGUUCCUCCGGAGGCAGCGGCAGUGGCGGCGCUUCCACUCACACUCACCACCACCACAGCCACCACCAGAAGACCAGUUCUUCGUCGUCGUCCUCAUCGGUGUCGGCGUCCGGCGGCUCCACAAACAUACGGCUGACGCUCAUCGAGUCGUGCGCUCACAUCAAACAGUCCGUCCGGUGCGCGACCGACGCCCGACCCCUCGCCCUCAAAAACUCUGUGCUCCAGAAGCUGCCGAUCACCGAUGGUAUGCGCCAACAGAUCGCUGAGUUGGCGUUCGACACGCCCGGCCCUCUCGUCCAGAGGGUGUCCCUCACGUCGAUGGUUGUCAAGUGUAGCGCCAAUCAGAAGCAGCCGUUGGGUUACCUUCACUGUUGGUUCGCGCAGACGUCGAUGGAUAGGUCCCACGGCAGCCAUCAUCAUACCACUGGCCAACCCCUGCCCAUGAGGUUCUCCUGUGUCUGCAAAGCGUUCAAAUCAUUCAAAUGCGCGAACAAUCAGUUGAUCGGUAAUAAUGGCGUGAAUAAGACAACUGAUCCCGUGGUGGACGACCACAAGACCUACGAAUUGUCCGCUGAGCGCAAGUGUGUCCACUAUUACGCCUGUAUUUGCGCGUUCGCUUCGGACCCGGUGUUGGGCCACGAGUUCAGACACUAUAUCGUCAAAGAGUUGCCAGAGUUUGUGCCCACAGAACCGGAAUCUCAGCACCAGUUCCAGGAAAACAAGAAUUCUGUGAACAACACAACCGGCGAUUACGGGACCGACAGUUGCGAGAUACUGACCCCCGAUUCCGGGGCAGAGAGUCCACCCUUUAAGCGACUGAAACCCGAAGAUAACGGACAGUCGGACGCGAUUCACACGAGGAAACUGAUCGAUAGGGGAAUUAUCACCGAAACGGACAUUAGUAUCAAUUUCAUUGACUGGCUGUCGAGCGUCACGGAACUGAUCAAUCAAUCCAUGCAUUACCAGCUGAACGGGAAGCCGGAGGCACUAGUCUUUCGCAUACCUCAAGGCUAUUUCGAUUGCCUGCAGCAGAGGAUAGCCACCGGACUGCGGAGGAAGCGGUUGCCAAACAUGACGACAGUGUUCACCCGCAAAGACCGGCCCCCGUUGGGGACGUUCACAAAGUACACGUACCUAAUCACGAGCGUAACGCACGUCCAGCAGAUCUUCGACACCACGAGACAGUCGCUCCGAUUGCAGCAGUACUUCGUCCAGAAUCGCGACGGCAGUUACGACUUUGCGCAGCCGUCGGCCAUCGGCGCCGCGCUCGCAGACCUGUCCGACACGACCACCGAUGGCUCGGCACUGGUUGGCCCGCAUAGCGCCGAUAAUCUGCUGAUAAAGCCGUGCGAACUGAAGACGUUCCUCAAAGUGGGCGCCGUUUCCCAGGAGGCGACCGACUCGUCGUCGACCAUACCGUUUGUGAUCGAAUGGAUUCCAGAUUGUCUGCCGCACUCCCACUUCGGCGAACUCCGGGUUGAGUUGCAGUUCGGGCACAUGAGGAACGGGAGGGUCGAAAGGGCUGACAGUGUGUAGUGUUUUAUACAGUAAUGUGUUUUUUGGUUUGUAUUUAUGAAUACUAUGCCCACUAUUACGCUGGUAUUUGCGACUCCAAGCGUUUGAUCCCGGGUUAGGCCACGAGUUGAGACACUAUAUCGUCAAAGAGUUGCCACACUUUGCGCCUACAGAACCGGAAUUCCAACACAAAUACCAGGAAAGCAGCGAUUCUGUGAACACUACCGGGGAUUAAAGGGACUGACAGUAGCGAGACAUUGACCGCCGAUUCUGGAGCUGAGAGUCCGUCCCAUAAGCGACUGAAACCCGAAGAUAACG